GUGGGUGGGCUGGUAGAUUCUGCAGCCAGGUGCUCUGGCCCUGUGGCAGCUCUGAGAGGGAGGAAUGGACUGUGGUGACCAGGCUCACCCUAACACCUACAAAGGGAGCUUCUGGGAGUCCUUGUUCCAGGAAAUCUUCCCCGGGGAGAAGUAGAUAGGGAGGCGACCCUGUCCCUGCCCUUUCCUCUCUGAAUGAGGUCCUUGCCUCCUCAGCCGCUGUCCUACUACCUAUGACCUACCCAGACUAACUUUACCAAGUCUCCGCUAUCCCAGUAUAAGACAGAAGCUCCUCCUUAAGGCUUGCAGUACAGAAAGCUGCUGGACCACUCACUCAUGUGGUGGGAGUGUGGCUGAUAGAACCAAGGUCAUGACUCCAUUCCAAACACCUAGGUGCCUUACCUGGGCACCACGGGCUGGAGCAGAGCUAAGUCUUGAGCCUUUCCUUAAUUUGAGAAAGAUCAGUCCUGAUUCAGAGACUGUGCUGCUCCAGAGGGACUUAGUGGCCUCCCCCGGGGCAGCUAUGAGAAGAAGAGCAGGAAGAGAGUUGUCCUGAUCCCCGGGCACCAGAGGAAGCAGUCUUUAGCUCCUCACCCAGGUGUGUCUCAGUCUCCAGUUGACUCUCCUGGAGCUGGGCUGCGGCUCCUCUCUUCUGGACUCUGCCUUUGCCUGAAACACCCACCAUGGGAACACCGGCCAGGAAAAAGCCAAGCUUGCUGCUGCUGCUGCUAGCCACAGUGUCCCUGGCCUCUCCAGGAUGGAGUUUUGCCCAAGGAACCCCAGCUACCUUUGGACCCGUCUUUGAAGAGCAACCUGUUGGCCUGCUAUUCCCAGAGGAGUCUGCAGAAGAUCAGGUGACGCUGGCGUGCCGUGCCCGAGCUAACCCUCCAGCCACCUAUAGGUGGAAGAUGAACGGCACAGAUAUGAACCUGGAACCUGGCUCCCGUCACCAGCUGAUGGGGGGCAACCUGGUCAUCAUGAGCCCCACCAAAGCACAGGAUGCUGGUGUCUACCAGUGCCUAGCCUCCAACCCAGUGGGCACUGUCGUCAGCAAAGAAGCUGUCCUCCGCUUCGGCUUUCUACAGGAAUUCUCCAAGGAGGAGAGAGACCCCGUGAAAACCCACGAGGGCUGGGGGGUGAUGCUGCCCUGUAACCCACCUGCCCACUACCCAGGUUUGUCGUACCGCUGGCUCCUCAAUGAGUUCCCCAACUUCAUCCCGACGGAUGGGCGUCACUUCGUGUCCCAGACCACAGGGAACCUGUAUAUCGCCCGCACCAAUGCCUCCGACCUGGGCAACUACUCUUGCCUGGCUACCAGCCACCUGGACUUCUCCACCAAGAGUGUCUUCAGCAAAUUCGCGCAGCUCAACCUGGCUGCUGAAGAUCCCCGGCUCUUUGCUCCUAGUAUCAAAGCCCGGUUCCCCCCAGAGACCUAUGCACUGGUUGGGCAGCAGAUCACCCUGGAGUGCUUUGCCUUCGGGAACCCUGUUCCCAGGAUCAAGUGGCGCAAAGUGGACGGUUCCUUGUCCCCUCAGUGGGCCACAGCAGAGCCCACCCUGCAGAUCCCCAGCGUGAGCUUUGAAGAUGAGGGUACCUAUGAGUGUGAGGCAGAGAACUCCAAGGGCCGUGACACUGUCCAGGGACGCAUCAUCGUGCAAGCUCAGCCUGAGUGGCUAAAGGUGAUCUCAGAUACAGAAGCCGACAUUGGCUCCAACUUACGUUGGGGCUGUGCAGCAGCAGGCAAACCCCGGCCCAUGGUGCGCUGGCUGAGAAACGGGGAGCCUCUGGCCUCCCAGAACCGGGUGGAGGUCUUGGCUGGGGACCUGCGAUUCUCUAAGCUGAGCCUGGAGGACUCCGGCAUGUACCAGUGUGUGGCAGAAAACAAGCAUGGCACCAUCUAUGCCAGUGCUGAGCUGGCUGUACAAGCUCUGGCCCCAGACUUCAGGCAGAACCCUGUGAGGCGGCUGAUCCCUGCAGCUCGAGGGGGAGAGAUCAGCAUCCCGUGCCAGCCCCGUGCGGCUCCAAAAGCUACAAUACUUUGGAGCAAGGGUACUGAGAUUUUGGGGAACAGUAGCAGAGUGACUGUCACUUUGGAUGGCACCUUGAUUAUCAGAAACAUCAGUCGAUCGGAUGAAGGCAAAUAUACCUGCUUUGCCGAGAACUUCAUGGGCAAAGCCAACAGCACCGGGGUCCUGUCUGUGCGAGAUGCGACCAAGAUCACACUAGCUCCUUCCAGUGCUGACAUCAAUGUGGGUGAUAACCUGACUCUACAGUGCCAUGCCUCGCAUGACCCCACUAUGGACCUCACGUUCACCUGGACCCUGGACGAUUUCCCUAUUGACUUCGAUAAGCCUGGAGGUCACUACCGGAGGGCCAGUGUGAAGGAGACCAUCGGGGACCUGAUUAUCCUAAAUGCCCAGCUACGCCAUGGAGGGAAGUACACAUGCAUGGCUCAGACAGUGGUGGAUGGUGCAUCCAAGGAGGCCACAGUCCUGGUCCGAGGUCCCCCGGGCCCCCCAGGGGGCGUGGUGGUGAGAGACAUUGGAGACACCACUGUUCAGCUUAGCUGGAGUCGUGGCUUUGACAAUCACAGCCCCAUCGCCAAGUAUACGCUGCAGGCUCGGACUCCACCCUCAGGGAAAUGGAAGCAGGUUCGGACCAAUCCUGUGAAUAUCGAAGGCAAUGCCGAGACUGCCCAGGUGCUGGGUCUCAUGCCUUGGAUGGACUAUGAGUUUCGGGUUUCGGCUAGCAACAUCUUGGGCACUGGGGAGCCCAGUGGCCCCUCCAGCAAAAUCCGCACAAAGGAAGCAGUCCCCUCUGUGGCACCAUCGGGACUCAGUGGAGGGGGAGGAGCCCCUGGAGAGCUCAUCAUCAACUGGACUCCCAUGUCACGGGAGUACCAGAAUGGAGACGGCUUCGGCUACCUGCUGUCCUUCCGCAGGCAAGGCAGCUCCAGUUGGCAGACCGCCCGGGUGCCUGGCGCCGAUGCCCAGUACUUCGUCUACAGCAAUGACAGCAUCCAUCCGUAUACACCCUUUGAGGUCAAGAUCCGAAGCUACAAUCGCCGGGGGGAGGGGCCUGAGAGCCUCACUGCGAUAGUGUACUCAGCAGAGGAAGAGCCCAAGGUGGCCCCUGCCAAGGUCUGGGCCAAGGGGUCCUCAUCCUCAGAGAUGAACGUGAGCUGGGAGCCUGUGCUACAAGACAUGAACGGCAUCCUCCUGGGGUAUGAGAUUCGCUACUGGAAAGCCGGGGACAAAGAGGCAGCUGCUGACCGAGUGAGGACGGCGGGGCUAGACUCCAGUGCCCGAGUCACCGGCCUUUACCCCAACACCAAGUACCACGUAACUGUGAGGGCCUACAACCGGGCUGGCACUGGGCCGGCUAGCCCUUCAGCCGAUACCAUGACCAUGAAGCCUCCGCCCCGGCGACCUCCAGGCAACAUCUCUUGGACUUUCUCAGGCUCCAGUCUCAGCCUUAAGUGGGACCCUGUGGUUCCUCUCCGAAAUGAAUCUACAAUCACUGGCUACAAGAUGCUGUAUCAGAAUGACCUGCAUCCAACUCCUACGCUGCACCUCACCAGCAAGAACUGGAUAGAGAUACCAGUCCCUGAAGACAUCGGCCACGCUCUGGUACAGAUUCGAACCACGGGGCCUGGAGGGGAUGGGAUCCCAGCAGAAGUCCACAUUGUGAGAGAUGGAGGCACAAGCAUGAUGGUGGAGAGCGCAGCCGUCCGCCCUGCCCAUCCUGGCCCCGUGUUCUCCUGCAUGGCCAUACUGAUGCUCACCGGCUGCCAGAAACUCUGAUCUCAACACUGCCUGCCACACCGAAGCUGGACACCCACCCUAACAGACACAGCGGCUGGCCACAGCCCCCCUCCAACACCAAGGUGGUCCAACACUGUGCCUGAGAGUGGUUGGCUUAGACACCUACUUACUCCCAGCAGUACCCUUUAUGUAGGAGGUAGGAUAUUUCUAUUCUGCCACAGGAUAGAACCAUGCAAGGAAUUUUUCUUUAAAUCAAGAGGCACUGGGCAGUGACUUCCAUGAUAAUACUAGGCCUAAUGCCUGGACCCUUUGGGGUCCUGGACAGAAGACACAGGCCUUUGGAUAGAAGGUAUUUAAUAUACAUCUUCAGAUCAAGUGGAUGGCCCUCUGGGGCUACAAGUGGGCACCGCCAUCUGAUGUCAGAGUCCCAGGCCCAGCAGGAACAUGGGCAUCAGUGAGCUAUCAAUUUCCCUCUAGGAAGCAGGGGGACCUCUUCUAGUCCUUGCUGGAGAAGCACCACGGUUGAUCCCAACGUGGUCUUCCACGGCUCCCUGGCAGUCCUGCUUGCUCAGUAGCCAAGGACAAGGCCCUGGGUUACUGGGGAGAAGAGCUCGAGAGGGUUGAGAGGCUCCACCGCCCGAUGGAAAGGGGGCAGCAGCCUAAGGCCUAUUCACCACCCCGGUGGCACUGCCCUCUCAGCCAGCACUGCCAUCCCUGUCAUCCUCCAGAUGGAAUGACGGAGUGACAGGGCCACUUCAGGUGGCUACGUGACUAAAGGGCUUGUCUCGAUGAGUUGCCUUUCCUCAUCCUGAUGCUUCACUCCUUCACGAGCCCUCCCGGGUAUGGGCAGGAGGUGCCCGUCUGAAUGCCGCCCUCUUCCCUUCAGCCCUGCUGCAGGCUUGGGUCUUGGGUCUGCCUCUCCGCCUCCCAUCACUGCAGGCCCUGGGAACCAGCUCUCAACACAGCAUCCAUUGUUUGUCCUGGGAUGGAGAGGCCUCUGAGAAGGGCCAGCCUCAGUGUGGCCCUGCCUGCUUCCAGGAAUCCCCUCCAACACCUGGUCACACCUGCUCCCCAAACUGCCUGGACUACUCUCUCGAGUCCCCGGGAGAAAAGUGGGUUAAUAAGGUGGCGGGAGGGCAGCUUGCCUUGAGUCCUGGGUACAUUCCCAGUGACAGACCAGACUACAGGAGCUGGAGCCUUAGCGCUUGACUUAUCUAUACCCUGCACUUAACAGAUGAGGAAGUGGAGGUCCGGAAAGGGUUAGGGACUUCUUAGGGUCACAUGGCCUGUAAGUGACACGGCUUGGUCAAGCACCAGAGUCUCCUCCCCUCCCCCCGCCCCCGUGGGAGGCUCUGUGGAGGAGAGUGGUGUGGUGCUGAGCCAGCCGUCACAGCCUGGUCUCUAGGAUGGCAAAAGACUUGGGAGGAUGAGCCCUCUGCAUCAAGAGGUUCAGGGUGCUGAGAAGAUCAACAUGGAUGAGCUUGGUGCAAGGCACAGGCAGACUCCAGGAGUCAGCAGCCUGAGGCAGGCUUCAGUGGGGAACUCGGCAGGGAGAGCCAGCUGGAAGCCUCUCAGGCUCUCAUGAAAAGAGGGCAAAGCAAGGCCAGAGUUCCCUAGACCAGGACCCUGUGCAGCCCGACCAGAAAACGCCAGUGUCCAGUGUCCACGCCCUCGGCCCGUGGGAGCAGCAGAGCAGGUGUUCUGAGAGGCGCUUGCCUGGCUGUUCCUUGGGGGCCAUUUCUGUAGUUUACAGUUAGAGCUCUAUUUUGUUAUGGGUUUUUAAACUUUAAGCCCUGCUCUGUUUUUCUGGGCGGGUUUAUGUUAGUAUUUGCCCACUACAAUUUUUUUAAAGAUGUACACCCGCAUACCUUUUCCCUACCACCUCCAACACCUCCCCCUUGCUAAGGACUGCUUCCCUGGAGCUGAUCAAACCCACCUUCUUCUGCUCCCAGCACCUCACAUACAAGGAUGCUAGGGGCUCAGCCAUGUGAUCAUUCUUCCUCACGCAGACCCCAGAGUUGGUCUAGCAUCCCUCCCCAUCCUAUGUUGGCUGGGAUUUGGCUCGGGCCUAGCCCUGGAAAGCCCUAGCCAGCCCUAGAAAGGGGCACCUGAAACCUUCCAAGGUUUACCUAUUUCUCACUGCCUUGGGCUUCGGGGUGGGGGCUGCUAGAGAAAUGGAUAUCUAGUGGCUGGGCAGGGUGAGCUGGUUUGGCACUGAACCUAGUUAGGGAGGUGGGAGGCUGUGGCCCUUAAGCUUUUCUUCUAACAAGGUCCAUGAAAAGCAGGCAAGCUGCUGGGAGACCCGAGAAGAGGAAAACCUUAGCCCUGUGCAGGGAGCAUGUGUUGUGGGGAGGUGAAGCUUUGCCAGCAGCUUGGGGCUUCGAGUGUUAGCUAAGGUGUAAGGAGACUGCAGGUGACUCGCAAACCUGAGUUUGUAAAUAGAAAAAAAAAAAAAAAAAGCCUCUUGCGGAGGAAACUUGGACCUUCACUGGCUUGAGAGGGAGGGCUAGAUCAAACAGAUUCUCAGAGCCCCUUCCUGGCCAAGGGUUCUCUUGACUUCUGUACAGGCUGGGGAAGCUGUUGGACUGGCCCCUGCUAUGGUCCUGACUAUUAAGAGAUUCCAUCCAUUCACGAUAGAGGUGAGAAGGACAGACACAACCAGCCAUUCUGUCUAGGAUUAACAGGCAGGAAAUGGCCCGAGGGCUAGGGACAAAUACCUAGGGACAAUACCUCUUGAGGGACUGGGAGGUACCCUCUGUUCUGUCCAUACGAGGACUCAGGCCACCACAUGGAGAUAUCGGCUCAUUGCCCUCUGAUGGUACAAAUGAGUGGCUCUGCUAUCCAGGGCAGCAGGUGACGGGGUGAGAAGUCCCUGGAUGAGAAGCCUGACUGUGAAUAGGAGAAAAUGAAGCCAAGUUCAGGGAAGCCUUCAGGAAUAAGGGAGGGGCUUCUUUGGGGUAACUUUUGAGGCCUCUCCAGUGUUCUUUUGGGUCUUAGUCGAGCGAAGUCCCGACUUGAGGAAUGGGAGGUGCAGAGUCCUUCCCAGAGCUGAGAUAUCUUAGAAUCAAAAUACCUAGCACAGGGAAACCGUCGAGGUACCAUCUGCAGCUUAUUUAAAAAGCCAUCAGUGGGAACGAGCCCCAGAACAGUCCUUACAAAGCAGUGCCUUCCGCAGUGCCAUCCUAGUUUGUACUCUAGCCAAGAGCUCAGUGUGCCUAGCCCAGCUACCCUCCCCUCAUGCCUUUCCCCACAACAGAGGCACCUUUUUCUUCUCCUAGUUGUCCAAUAGCCAAUAGGGCUCCUGCAUGCCAGGGGGACAGCAGUAGCCUCACGCCUGUUACGAGUUCAAGUGUGAUAUUGGCUCUUAAUAGCUGAGACCAGACCUCGCCAGGGAGUCUCCAAGUGGAAGUAAAAGGGAACCCGAAAGGACUUCAAGAAGCUCACUGGAGGCUUUGGGAAAGCAGGGCAUUAAAGAAAACUUGGAGAGAGAGAGGAGAGAGAGAGAGAGAGAGGAGAAAGAGAGAGAGAGAGAGAGAGAGAGAGAGAGAGAGAGGAAAGAAGGAGGACAAGGACGAGGACGAGGACGAGAAGGAUCAAACAGCUCUGUUCAGAGCCCCAGGUAGCCUCAGAGGCCGAGGCCCUUCAGUUUCUUUAGAGGAGACGCAACCUGCCUUGGCACCAGAUACCUCCAACUUAGCCCCUAUCUCAGAGCUCACAUAGCUCUGAGCUCAGGGUUCACUGGACCACUGAUGGCCAUUCUUGUUUAAAUGCAACUCCUCCACCCCAGCCCAGCCCACUGUUCGCUCUUGUAGUACUUAUUUAUUGACUCUGGUAGCAAGCAGUUCUUAAAUAAAGAUGUUUUCUCAACCUGCCUAGGCAGCUGGCAGCA